CGCGAAAUGAGGCAAUAGUAGUACCAAGGUGCUUUAGAUCCGAGUUUCAAAACAAAAUGGCGACUAACAACAAUGAUCAAGCGGUGUUGGAGAGCAUUUUUAAUCCUCUGUUACCCUUAGGCGAUGCUGCUCCGAAGCUUCAAAAUGAAAACGACGUUAAUGAAGAAAAUACCGAGGAUGCCAUGCUAGCUAAACAACUGGAGGCAUCUGGUGUUGAGAAAGCAGAACAGGGCGAUCUAGAUGAGGCAUUGGAGUGUUUUAAUCAAGCUUGCGAAAUAUGCCCUUUACGUUCUUCGUGUUUCAACAAUAGAGCUCAGCUGUGGAGGUUAAAAGGUAAUUAUGGCGUUCACUUUGUUCAAAGUCUCUAAGGUAUCAUCUUGAAAUUAUUUUAUUUCUUAAAGCUGCUUUCAUGAAUGUACAUUGAUAAAAUAGGUGUACUUUAGAGGAAGGACAUUGUGAUUUGGGUCUCUGGGACUUGGUUUCAAGAAGAAGAUGAAACUGAGAAUGAGAGUAAGACUAAGUCAAGAAAUAGGCUUGGAAAUGGAAGUAUACCUUCCCCUUCCCCUGUGGCACUCUCUCUUCAAGAACUGGACCCUAGUCACUUUUUUGCAAUCUCUGUCUUCAGUCACUUUUACUCUAAAAUUGAAACAGCCGGGAUGCUUUUUAUUUUUUUCAAAUUUUUUCUUUAAGUUCUUUUUCGUGCAUGAGAUGCCAGGGGGUAGCAAGGUAUUUUAAAGGGAUGGGGGAGGGGUGGGACUCAUAGUGAAGAAUUUCCAUUCACCCCAUGUGGAUUGGCUGAUAUGGCUGCUCUGUUGUGUGUUUAAGUAGGCUUGUAUUUGUGUAAUGAGAAGGACUGACAAUUGAAGUAUCAAGCACUGGGACAGUUUAAUGCCAUUUGUACAUUUUUUGGAUUUCCAUUUUCUUUUUACACCUGAAGUGUAAGAUUUGUACAGGUAUGUUGUUGACAUAAAAAAUGUUAUAUAACAGAGGAAUUUUGCCCGUUUUUGAAAACUAUGGUACAUUUUCUUUAAGUGUGCUUUUCAAAAAGGGGAACACUAAACAGGUCCAAAUUGUUUAGAUAUUGUUAAUAAAGCAUGAUAUCUUCUUUGCUUUGAGUUACAUACUUGCUGUUGUAAAACACAAUUUACUACUUCCAGACUAGACUUAAAGCAAUGACUCAACCUGUCAAAAUGUACAGUCUAUCACAGUUAGCAUCAUGUUUCUAUUCAAUGCUAUUUUGUUGCCUGUGGAAGCAGGAACUGGGAUUGACUCAUCUUCACUCAGGUGUGAACAGUCCCCUUAGACAUUGCAAAAUUGCGAGUACACUGAACUAUGGAUAGAACUUGAACAUAAUAAAUUGUAGCCACCAAAAAAGUCAGGACUCUGGUGAUGUUUGCCUCAAGAAACCUAAAAAAAUAUGCUGAUUAUGCCAGCACUGAUACAUUUAUAAAAAGAGCUAUAAUUAUGCUUCUUGUUCCAAAUUUUGCUAAAAGUUAUCUUAGCACUAUCUAAUAGGGCUUUAAGCUCAAGCUAUGUCCCUGUAUUGGUGCAUUUUUGUCAGAUCUUUUCUGUAGAAGACAGGGAGAUCAGUUUAGGGUGGGUCUUGAUCUUUCCUUCAGCAAGACUGAAUCCUAUACUGAUAUUGAUUUACUGGUAUGACUUAUGACUUUAGGAGACAUACCCAGUGCUCUGGAAGAUUUAAACAAAGCCAUUCAACUGGGUGAAGACAGAGGUGCUGCUACUGCCCAGGCAUACACCCAGCGAGCGUUAAUUCAUAGGCUGAAUGGAAAUGAAGACAAAGCACUUGAGGACUUUACAAAGGCAGCAGAACUUGGCAGUGCAUUUGCAAAAUCAAUGGUUGUACAGUUGAAUCCAUAUGCUGCCAUGUGUAACAGAAUGCUUGCUGAUGCCAUCAACAAGCUUAGAGGAGAGCCACAUUAAAUAUGAUUAUUGUAAAUUUUUCUCAAGCCAUGGAAUUUGUAACUGUUGCACGUGGAUUGAUGUUCACAUGGAUGUCUAUUUUUCUGUUAGAUAGGAACAGAUAUUUAAUAGUCAAUAACCAGGUGAUAAACCUGUGACCAGAACUGAGUAGGAAGAAAUGCAGUAUACAUUUUGAAAUACCAUUCUACUUUUGCAGCAUUUUACCAUAUUUGGAAAACAGAGCACCCAAAGUAUGUAACAGGAUUGGUAUAUUGUGCAACAAGGCAAAAUUACAUGCAGAGGUUAAAGUAGACAAAUGGCUGCAUUCUAUGCACCAAAGUUUGAUUUGUUUACAACCUUAAUAAUGGUUAAGUGACCAACUUUUACAUGUAUGUAACACAAAUUUUUUCAGUUUGUUUUGAAGGAAACUUUAAUGGUUUUUUUCACUUUUGUCUUUGGUGCAUGCUUUAGUGACAUGAUUCUCAGAUAAUGGUGUUGGAUGUUUUUUCAAAUAAUUAAGACCAAAAUUCUAGAUAAUUGAAAAAGGAAAUUAAAAUCCCUUUUUGAUGGUUUUACACAUGAUGCAAGAAGACAUUAUGCUCAUUGCAUAGGGGCAAUGUGAGCUUCACCUCCUUUUUUUUUUGGCCGGCUUUUUUGAAGAUUCAAUAAAAUGCCCUGAUGUGAACAUUUACAGGUACAGGUACCUGUGCUGCAUUUUCUAAUGUUUAUUUUAACCUGGAGAUUAGUAGUGGAAGGCCUUAAAGGUCAGCAAUGCAUUCAGAAUUAGGUCAAGAGUGGAGUUUUGUCGAAAUUUACUUUGGUUGCUAAAGUUUGCAAGAGUAUUGACAGUUAUUACAAAAACUGCUGUGUUUUCAACAUAGAACUUCCUAGUAACAUACCUUGUGACAUAGGAUCAAUGAGGGUUACAUUUGUCAAACUUUGAUGGGAUAAAUUUG